AUGCAGGAAGUGGCCAUCUUGGCGGCAGCGGGCUGUGACCACCGCGCACCGAUUCAGCGGCUGUCGCGCUUCACCGGAGCAAGCGAAGCGCCGCCGGAGAGCAGCGACCACUGCGGAUCAGCGCCGCACAAGCGAUCCGAUGAUCGGAAAGGACGCACGAGCUGGACUUCUGCUUCGACGACGCUCGUUUUAACACGUGCCCCCGGUACUUGGUGCAAGGGUAGAAACAUAAUAACGAGCUUAGGCCAAGCAGACUGGACGUCUACUCGUCCUGAAAACCUCACCGCAAGCCCGAGGGAGGAAGUUGCUUCGCUCAAUCGUACCGAUGCACACAAGGCUGGUGCUCAACUGUCCUGUGGUGUUUCCAACAACACAGCUGGCUCAUCUCUUCACAUAAGUCAAUUGGUUGUAGAUUCCCCGUCUACCACAGCCAUUCAGGAGAGAGCGAAUUCUAUCACGGCAACCCUCUCAUCGGGUGAAUGGUCACCAGCGAAGAACGAACCUGGAACGUCACACCCGGCCUCAAGCCACGCUAGCGGCACGUCGUCGCAUGACACAGGCGAGCAGUACAGCCUCCCGGAGAAUCCACCAAGGAUCAGCGCAGCGCUAAGUGCGAACGUCUCGACAACCACCUCCAGCCUCAGAACGCACUCGGUGGCUGCCUCGGAAGUAACUCAAUGUGCUGAAGACGUGACUGUCCAGUCAGUGUCCCCAAGUAUGACCCUGUCCCGCUCAAGCGAAGUCCUCAAUUACACAAACACAACGUCUACAAAGUUUCCGAAUGUGCCCAUGGCCGGGCAUGAAGCCAGCCUGGAGAACAGCUCAACUUCACUCAUGUCCAACGAAUUUGGAACGAGUAAGACUGACUCCCUCACCAGUAAUGUACUUGCAUCGACGAAAGACGCAGCAACGUCUACCUCUGCUGAUGCUCCUCGAACCCGCAGAAACAAGGGAGCUAUAUUCGCCACUGUCAUCGGUGCCACUGUGCUGCUCAUGGGCAUCAUUGUCAUGGGAUUAUGGUUCUACAAUGUUCGGUGGAAGCUGAACCGAGAUCGUCCCGUUCUGAGGCAAGCUGCUGCUCCGGACACUACGCCGAUCCCUUUCAGCAUCGUCUACUACCAGAACGAUGGCGUUCAAAUUGCGGGAUUGCGCCGAAACUGAUGGGCGUGUGGUGAACGAAAACUUUCCAAGGAAGCUUCCCAGCUAUAUAAAAUGCCCGAAGUUGCGGUGCAGAGAGUUUGGGGAUUUGUUAUCGAGUUCUUCGCAGCGCCUGGAAGAAGCUUCUCGUCUUGCACCAGGACCUAGAGAUAAAAACCUCUGGCAUAUAUUUACUCUAAAAAAAAAUCAAGUCUUUGGGGAGUGUUUUUGCCACACAACAAUAAUUGUCAUCUAUACUUCAGGUACUUUCCUCGAGCUAUCACUAAGAUUCCUGUAGUACGCGGUCGCGAACGGCCCGUGCAUUACAAGUGUGACAUAUGAUUCCUGACAGGGAAGUGGCUGCAGCGCCGGAUGUUCAAGAAAGAAAACGCGAGCUGAUCAGAUAACGAUUAUUGUUGUGUAGCAGAACUGCUUCCCGAAUACUCUAUGUUUUCCCUAGAUUGAUUUUGCUGUUGAACACGAAGACGGGGUUCGGCACCACCACCGUAUCUCACUGGGUAGGGAAUGCGAAAGCACUAUUGUAUUGUGCAUCAUUUCCACAUUAAAGAGCUCCAUACAA